AGAAAGAUCGUUCACCUACCAACCAACCAACCAACCUACCUACCUACCUACCACCCGCACCCCCCAACGGAACGAUGGCCUCGAGAGUUCUCUCCCACAGCGCCCGCGCGCUGACCCGAAUUGCUGGCCCGGCUCGCACGUUCAGCACGUCCGCCGCGAGGCUGGAUGCGGUUGCUGCCGGCGGUGCUGCAUCGCCGCUUCCUGCUCGGAAACCCGUUGGUGCGCUGAGGGGAGGGCUCUUCGGCUUCUUCCUCGGCAGCUCCCUCGCCGCCGGCGGCAUCUACUACUACGCCAUCCAGGAGUACAAGGUCUCGAACGAACUGCUGACCGAGGACAUUUACGCCCUGCAAAACGCGGUUGAGCGGUUGAGCAAGUACCUGACGACGCUGGAGGAGAAGAUGGAAGCGCUGGAGAGGAGGAAGAACUGAGCUGCGGCUUGCGUGCCGGGAUGGUCCGAUAAGGCUCCGGGAGUCGUGUAAUGGGUACCGCGAUAUGAAGGGUGUAUUGGAGCUGUAACAAUGCGUUUCUUUUCAUUUUCCGUUCAACUUGUUGAUUGUUAAGGGGCGGCUCGCGACAAGAGCGUCAUGGCAUGUCCCGUGUAUCCCUUUCCUACUGAUCUUGGUCGGUAGUGUAGGCUCGGUACCGGGACACUCUAGACCUUGUACAGUACAUACAUCAACUAUCCAGUAGCUGUCCUGAGCAGCAUCACAAUGUCUUCGUGGCACGGUCCGCGGCGAAGUUCUCGAGAUUCGACUUCG